AUGGACAUCGAUAGCUUCCUUGGGCCCCGCGCCUGCCAGUCACCGAACCCCGGCCCCUGUCAGCCUCGAUUUCCGCUCCCACCACCGGAAUCCUCCCGAUCGCCUUGCCUACUACCGCCGUCGGCCGUUGCUUCCCUUCCGGUCGCCACCGCCGGUCUCCCCGCCCGCGGUCAGCACUGCGCCCACCGACCGCCGCUUCCCUUCCGGUUACUACCGCUGGUCUCCCCGCCCAUGCUCAGCCCUGCGCCCGCUGCCCGACCGCCGCUUCCUUUCCUGCACUGCCGGCUGCCCUGCGCCCGCCGCCUUCCGCCGCCGCCUGCGGCCCCCUUUCCGACUGCGCCUCCGGCCCGCCUGACCCUUUUUCCGGGCCAGCCUCCGCUCUGCCACCGGGCCGCCACCGGUGCACCACCGCAUCUCAGCCUGGCCCGCCGGCCACCACUCUGCCACCGGACUGCCACUGGUGCGCCACCGGAGCUCCGCUCACUAGCUACCGGACCACCAACAAUGCCACCAGACCCCUUUUUUGGGCCUUUUAAGGGGGGGUUUGGUUUUUUGGCCCUAUCUUGGACAUACGGAGUUGGAUUUUGGUGA